AGGGGCAGACCCGAAACCCCAUACAAUGCAUAGGCUAAUUGUAUCUGUGAAAUAUAGCCUAUAUAAAUACCAAUAGUUAGGCUAUGGUCGGGCCUCGGGCCUUUCGUUUGGCUCAAGUCACGUGUGAUAAACGAUUGAUCGAAUAAAGGUCGCGUUGCCACGCUUUGGAAAGUGCGGGCGGUGGAGGAGUUGCGAAAAGGAUUUCAUUCGUGAGAGAGGAGAGCUCUAGCAAGUUAUGGCUUCAGCAGUCCAUUUUGCACUGGGGUGGCCAUAUAGAUGAAUGGCUGAAUGACCAUUUGGGGUUAUACAAAACAAAAUACUAUUUUUUUUCUGGAAUAUGUCUUAGAUUUUAUGGGACUAUUUGAACAAUUUCGUUUCAAUAUAGUUCUAGUUUUAUAACCUUGAUGACUUGAUAGGCUACCUAGUGGACCUACCAAUAUUGGAUUUGUACAGAACAUUUUACCUCCAUAGGUGACUUCUUAUUAUUGAACAUUUUUAACAUUUCGGAAUAUGGCACUUUAUUUUGAAGGUCUGAGUAAGGGUGUGCCUAACGGAGGGAUGGCCCAGUUUCAGGAGGUGAUGAGGCAGCAGCUGGAGACCUCCAUGCACACGGAGCUGGAGAAACUACUGGACACUGCCACAGGGGGCGACAAGGAGAUCUCCAAGAAGGACUUUGAAGGAUUCAAGAAGCUGUUUCACAGGUUUCUGCAGGUGAAGGGGCCAUCGGUGGACUGGCCCAAGAUACACAGACCUCCAGAAGACUCAAUCCAGCCCUAUGAUAAGAUAGCAGCGCGGCCCCUGCCGGACAGCCUGGCAGACAGUCUCAACAAGCUGGUGGUAGUCAAGUUGAACGGAGGCCUGGGUACCAGCAUGGGCUGUAAAGGUCCAAAGAGCCUCAUCAGCGUCCGCAACGAGAACACUUUCCUGGACCUCACCGUGCAGCAGAUAGAGCACUUGAACAAGAAGUACAACACAGACGUUCCUCUUGUCCUGAUGAACUCCUUCAACACGGAUGAAGACACCAAGAAGAUCCUUCAGAAAUACACACACCACCGCGUCAAGAUACACACCUUCAACCAGAGCAGGUACCCCCGUAUUAACAAAGAGUCCCUCCUGCCUGUGGCCACAGACAUUGGGAUGACGGGUGAGAACGCUGACGUGUGGUACCCUCCUGGCCACGGGGACAUCUACGCCAGCUUCUACAACUCUGGCCUGCUGGAUCAGCUCAUCGCAGAGGGCAAGGAGUACAUCUUUGUGUCUAAUAUUGAUAACCUGGGUGCUACGGUGGACCUGAACAUUCUGCACCACCUGGUGAGCCAGCCCAACGGGAAACGCUGUGAGUUCAUCAUGGAGGUCACCGACAAGACCCGCGCUGAUGUCAAGGGCGGUACCCUUAUCCAGUAUGAUGACAAGCUGCGUCUGCUGGAGAUCGCCCAGGUCCCCAAGGCCCAUGUAGAUGAGUUCAAAUCAGUCACCAAGUUUAAGAUCUUCAACACCAACAACCUGUGGAUCUCUCUGGGUGCCAUCAAGAGGCUGCAGGAGCAGAACGCCCUGGACAUGGAGAUCAUCGUUAACCCCAAGACGCUGGACGGCGGUCAGAACGUGAUCCAGCUGGAGACAGCGGUGGGCGCGGCCAUCAAGAGCUUCGACAACGCCCUGGGCAUCAACGUGCCGCGAUCCCGCUUCCUGCCCGUCAAGACCGUCUCCGACCUCCUAUUGGUCAUGUCCAACCUCUACAGCCUGGAGGCGGGCUCUCUCACCAUGAGCCAGAAGAGAGAGUUCCCUACCACGCCCCACGUCAAGCUGGGCAGCUCCUUUACUAAGGUCCAGGAAUACCAGACGCGGUUCGAGAGCAUCCCGGAUAUGCUGGAGCUUGAUCACCUGACUGUGUCCGGUGACGUCACGUUCGGAAAACAAGUUUCUCUGAAGGGAACGGUAAUCAUCAUAGCCAAUCACGGAGAUCGUAUCGACAUCCCGGCUGGAACGAUACUGGAGAACAAGAUCGUAUCAGGCAACCUUCGCAUCCUGGACCACUGAAGCCUUUAACGACUAUCCCCAGCACCACCGUCAUGUGACCAAGCCAGACACAUCCACCACCGUCAUGUGACCAGACACAUACACCACCAUCAUGUGACCAAGCCAGACACAUCCACCCCAACCAUGUGACCAGACACAUCUACCACCAUCAUGUGACCAGACACAUGCACCCCAAUCAUGUGACCAAGCCAGACACAUCCACCACCAUCAUGUGACCAAGCCAGACGUGAUCCAGACAUACCCAACAGAUACUGAUGUGAAGUGAUGUCCAUGCAAUACUGUACCAGUAGUAUUUCAGCUCCCUACCCAUCAGAUGGCCUUACUUGAUGAGAAUGAUGAUAGAAGUCAUAUGGAUGUGAUAUCCUGUGUGACGUCAAUGGGGGUUCCAAUAUCCACUGUACAUGUUAGUACAGUCUUAGGCUGGGAUUCAACCCGAUCGCGGAUUUGGACAAUGCGCCAUUUAAAGGUAACUUUUGAUUGAGCCGACAUAUACAGCGUUUACCGUGAAUGUGGUGUCCACGAACAUGGGAACAUUGCCUUUAAGACGUGCAUUACAGACAAAGCGGGAUCGGAUUGCAUCCCUGCCCUAAUUAACAAUUCAAUAUUAUAUAAUGUCCACAACAAUAUCGAAGGAAUACCAAUCCACAAUAUUAUGAAAUACUUGUCAUUUUUUUUAUCUGAAAGGAUUUUGAAGGAGUUUGUCAGUCUUUUUUUUUUUUACAUCAAAAUGUUUAUUUCACUGUAAUCUUAUUCCACCUGUACCUUACUGUGUCUGUUCAUCCCCCUCUUCAAUAGCUCUGUCCAUAAAGAGAGAGAACGGUUGCAUUUUCUCUACGUGUUGUUCUUACACAAACACAGAGACCUACUGUAGGAGAGUUGAUGACACACAGAGACCUACUGUAGGAGAGUUGAUGACACACAGAGACCUACUGUAGGAGAGUUGAUGACACACAGAGACCUACUGUAGGAGAGUUGAUGACACACAGAGACCUACUGUAGGAGAGUUGACACACAGACCUAGGGCUCGAUUCAAUCCGUAUCGCCAAAGUUCAGUGUUAUAGCGCGAUUGAGAUUAAAACGUAAUUUCCGAUUGAGCCGACCUAUGAAACGUUUACAGUGAAUGCAGUCUCUGCUAACGCGGUAACGUUGCCUUUAAAUUUAUAUUGUGCUGUAGAGCAGAUCUUCAUCGCUACGGAUUGAACGGAGUCCCUACUAUUAGAUCGUUGAAUGACAACUCAACGUCUGAGGGGCCUAUUGUCUGCAGAACGGGAGUCUGAAAGCAAUACAAGUGUUGUCCUGAGACUGACAGGGCUCCCAGCUGCAGAUAUCUCUCUAGAGCUGAAUAAAGUGCAAUAUGAAAUUAA